AUGUCUGGUUCCCAUGAGCGUGACCCUCUACUUCAGAGCGAGGCUCAGCUUUCAGCAGCGCCCACUGCGGGCCUACUACUACCUCCUUCCACAACGGGCAGCUUGGGCGUUCCUGGUCAACGACCGGGGCCGCUAGAGAUCCCGAGGCGCACUCGAAAUGGCAUUCUGGCCGGCAUCUGGGUCGCCACAUUUCUUUCUUCCCUGAAUACUACUCUUGUUGCGACAUUGCUACCCUCAAUUUCGUCUGAAUUUCAACGGUCCAAUCAAGCGAGUUGGCUCGGGACUGCUUACCUCUGCGCCACCUGUGUUUUUACACCUCUAUACGGACGCCUUUGUAACGUGCUCGGUCGAAGAGGCGCGAAUCAGACCGCUGUGGUCUUCUCUGCUUUGGGCACACUUGCAUGCGGACUAUCAGGUAGUAUGGAGAUGCUAAUUGUCGCUAGAUUUCUGGCAGGUAUCGGUGGAGGGGGAAUCUUCACCACCGCAACAAUUAUCACGAGCGAUAUGUUUGACAUGCGGUCUCGCGGACUUACACAGGGAAUUGCAAGCGUUUUCAACUCCCUUGGAAUGGGCCUCGGUGGUCCCGUGGGCGGACUAAUCAGCGACUGGUAUGGCGAAUACUUUGUGUUUGGGACUCGACUCGCAGAACUGAUUCACGGUGCCGACCGUACUUCCGCUACACUCGCAUACGGUGCCGUGCUUUUUAGGCUUGGAUGGCGUUGGGCGUUCAUCAUCCAGAUACCGCUCUUCGUGAUAUCUUUCGUCUUGACAUCGAUCAACCUGCAUUAUGUCACUCCGGGCAAAAGCAAGAGCACGAAAGACGUCCUGAAGAGGAUAGAUUAUGGAGGGAGCAUCACGCUCUUAGGCGCUGUGCUAUCGUUCCUAAUAUUUCUGAGCAACCGAUACAAUGACGCAAAACCCUGGUCGGAGCCCUCCGUUAUCGUUGCGCUCGUUCUUUCUAUGGUCUUUUUCAUCUCAUUCAUCCUAUUUGAGCUUCUUGUUGCGCCAGAACCAAUGCUCGCACCCUUCCUCCUCAGGGAGAAGAUUCCGGUGUUGGUCGGAGUCAGCAACUUCUUGGUCGCCAACUGCAACUUCGCCAUUAUGUACUUCUUCCCUAUGUGGUUCCAGACGGUGCCGUUGAAGAGCGCUUCCGUUGCAGGUGCCCAUCUGCUUCCAAAUUGCGUCUCUAUCUCCUUAGGAUCGUUAUGGGCAGGUUGGGAGAUGCACCGUACGGGAAGGUACAAGAAGAUUAAUGUCAUUUGCGGGUUCUUCCCCUGCAUUGGUGCUCUUUUGCUGUCGUUCAUGAAGGAGGACUCGCCUGCCGUACAGCAGUGGCUGAGCAUCAUACCCCUUGGGUUUGGAAAUGCUGUGGUGCUGCAAACAAUGCUCAUCGCCUUGCUCGCGCACCUUCCAGAAAACUCUAUGGCCGUAGGAACUGGAUUCGGACAGUUAUUCCGUGGCGUUGGUCAAGUCGGAGGAGUGGGCAUUGCAUCAGCCAUUUUCCAGUCCAAACUCGACAGCGAGCUUCGUCGUCGAAUCACAGACCGGCCAGACGCCGACGAGAUAAUCCGCUCCAUCCGUCACUCAGCUAAACUUGUCUCCAGCCUGGAACCUAGCCUUCAGCGGUCUGCAAGGGACUCUUACGCUCUCGCGCUGAGAAUGGUCUUUAUCGUCGCCGCAGCUUCGACUUUCAUGGCAUACCUCGUACGGAUACCGAUCCCGGACAAGGAACUAGACGCAGUGCCGCAUUCAAAACCGAAGAAAAAGACCUCCAGAGCAUUGUCCGGCCACGGUCAAUCUCACGAGGACCCUGCCAUCGUCAAACGCUACGGCACCAUCACAGGCGACAACUCCGCGGUAUCUACGAGCCGGGCUAACGGUCACAACCAACCCGUCACUACCUUUCCCUCAAGCCCAGUCAGGAUGAUGGCCAAACCCGGAGAAAUCUCGCCCGUCUCUGGAGCCAACGAAACUGCCCUCAACGAGAUUGAUGAAGAAGUAGAAAGUGGCGACGAAGGCUCAGACUCUGAAGAAUCCGAAUCGCACGCACCCGCCCGACCUCUUCCCCUUCCCUUAGGUGGCCGUCCGCGCGUCAGGAGACUAUCUACAUAUACCAGCUCCGACGGCGGAAUGGAUCUGGAGGAUGAUGUUAUUGGUGGAUCUGCGAGGCCGGGGAGCAGCGUGGGAAGUUGGAGGCCGGGAAGUUUAGGUGCGGGAGGGGUAAGUAGUUGGAGAGCGGCAAGUUUUAUGGGGAGGAGUGGAACGGCAAAUGGACAGGGGGCUGGAACUGGAAGUGCUGAAGGGGGAAGGUGAGGUGGUAGAACGGGUGGCGAGGGGUUGGCAAAGGGGACAAGUGAGUGAAGAUGUACUCCCGGAAUAUCAUACAUCGGAGAUGACAUGAAUUACGACCUUGGUUACGGAUAUCGGAUGAGGACACGACGAGCUCAAAAUGGGUCGCCAUUGGCUUAGCUCACAGUUACAUAUAUACGAACUCACACAGACUUCAUCUGGAAAAC